AUGGAGAUGGAACAAGAGAUGGAUGAAGAGAUGGAGCAGGAGCUGUUCGAAGUGGAAGAUCAGUUUCAAGAGCCAGAGGAGUAUCCAGAGGCAGUGCAGUUUCCAGAGGCAGAGCCUCCUCAAGAGGCAGAGUUUGGCCAAGGGCCGAGGGCCUCUCUGAGUUUGAGCAGCCAAGAGAAAAACCUUAUUGUGCAGUUCCUUCAACAGCAAUGCCGUGCUGGAGCGCUUCCACAUGGUUCACUCACAGAAGCUGCAACAAAAUUCAGAGUGCAUCCAAGGACAGCCAGCCGCUUAUGGAGGAUAGCCACUCAUCAAAUUGAACAAGGACAACCUGUUGUCAUGAAAGGCAAAGCAUCAUGUUAUAGUAAAAAAAAAAGAAAACUUGCUAUUAAGAUGGAAGUUAGCAAGUCCACAGCUGGCAGAUGGGUGAAGGGAAACAAGAUAAGACCACAUACAUAUGCCAUCAAACCUGCACUCACUGAUGUGAACAAAAUUUCAAGAAUGAGAUGGAGUCUUAGUCAUAUUCAGCCAACCAUAUCUGAAGGUAAGCUUCUCUAUCAUGCAAUGCACAACAUUGUUCACAUUGAUGAGAAAUGGUUCUACAUGACAAAGGCUUCAGACAGAUACUACAUGUUGCCGAAUGAGGAUGAGCCUUACAGGUCUUGUAAGUCAAAAAGAUCCAUCACUAAAGUGAUGUUCAUGUGUGCUGUCAGUAGGCCAAUGUUUGGCAGUGAUGGGCAGCCCAUCUUUGAUGGUAAAAUAGGCAUAUUUCCAUUCACACAACAAGUUCCAGCCAAAAGGAAGUCAAAGAAUAGGCCAAGAGGGACACUAGAGACAAAGUUUAUCCCAUCAGUUAACAAAGAAGCCAUGAGACAAUGCCUCCUUAAUCAGGCAUCUAAGCAUUCAAUCACAAAUCAUGCUCAGAUUAUAACAACAAUCAAGGCUAAGUGGCCAGCCAAUGCAAGCAUGGAGAUAUACAUCCAACAAGAUAAUGCCAAACCCCACUUGAAAUCCUCUGACUUACAAUUUGAGGCUAUUGCAAGUACAGAUGGUUUUAAAUUCCAUCUAAUUAGCCAACCAGCCAACUCCCCAGAUACUAAUGUGCUGGACCUUGGCUUUUUUAGGGCCAUACAGUCACUGCAAGAUGACAAACUAGCCACCAAUAUAGAUGAAUUGUUGGCAAAUGUUUGUAGUUCUUUUGAGGAAAUCACACCACAAACUCUGAACAAGGUUUUCCUAACAUUGCAAAGCUGUUUAAGCAAGAUCCUAGAAGUCCAUGGGGGCAACAACUACAAAAUACCCCACUUGAACAAAUAUAGGUUGAGUAGGAUAGUGGGGCUGCCUACCUCACUUGAGGUUGAAGCGAAUCUGGUUAGGGACAGCUUGGAGUAUCUACUACUCCCUCAGAAUGAUGUGGGUGGCUCAUAUGAAAUAGGACAUCUAAGCAAUGUGUUAGGGUAG